AUGAAAAAAGACAAGUUUUUUGCAAUCUUGAUUUAUGUUGACGCCAUGGUUAUCACUGGUAAUCGCGAUGACAUGAUUAAAAGAACUAAGGACCACUUAAACUCCAACUUCAACAUCAAAGACCUUGGUCGUUUGAAGUAUUUUUUGGGCAUAAAAGUUGCUCGUACUGAAGAUGGGAUGUUCCUAAGUCAACAAAAAUACUUCAUGGACAUUAUGUCCGAUUGUGGACAACUUGGAUGUCGCCCUAGUGCCCUUCCAAUGGAGCCAAACUUGAAACUUGACCAGUGUCAUGAAAACCACAAAACUGAUGCAUCCCUUUACCGGCGUCUCAUCGGGAGAUUAUUAUAUCUUCAGAAAUCUGUUAUGGUUGAUGUUAGAUUCGUGUGUUUGGCAAAAAUCUUAGUUCUUAUUCAACAACGUGAGGUCGUGACUUUAAAGGGACUUAAAGUCAUGUGA